AUGACAGAGAUCGGAGGUGUGUCGGUGCCGGCGGCGAUCGCUCCGCUCUUCUCGAUGCCCCAAUCGACGAUUGAUGAUAUCCAGAAUCCUGGCCAACCGUUCUCCUACUCCCGGCCGACGCCCGGAGGACCGAAACUCCAUCAACGCAUCAAGUGUCCGAGGGUAACUAACUGAAAUACGAUCAAUUAAGUGUAGUUCGGAAAGAAAAAGAAGAAGCCAGAGAUCCAUCACUUUUUCCUUCACUUUUUCCUCUCCACCGUCUCUUGUUGUCUUCCUCAGAGGAGGCUCUCAGUGUAACGCCGGCAUGGAAUCAUUUCUCGGCGUCUCCGCACUUUCGGCGCUAUUUCUCGUCGCCGGACGGAUCCAGUCGCUCAUUCUCAUCGCUUUUUGCGAUGAGUUGAUACGUUAACACUCGUCUUCCCACUCAAUUCUUCUCGCUCGCCUUUUUUCGGAUCUUUUCGCUUACUAGCGUGGCAUGUUCCAUCAUUUACCCCCACUUUUUCUUGAUUCCGGCAUAUUAGCUCUUCAAGACGAUAUAUCUCAGCGGCUGGUACAGAUGGCAAAUAGUUGUCAACUGAUAAAAUGUACAAAAUGUUUCAAUAAACAUUUUUAUUAGUUGACAACUUUUUGAUAUCUUCGCUGGCCGAUGAGAUACAGUACUGGUCAAACAUCAACACCAUCUUCCAGGUAAUCCCGCUCUCGUUCUGGUCCUCAUUUUUCCGAAGACGAAGAGGAGCCGGAAAUGCCGCAAACUGUUCAUCUUCAGUACAACUCGCCGAUGGGAUUGUAUUCCAAGUGAGUUGGGGGGACAAAAAUUUCGGUUACUCAAACAGAAAUAUCUCAGUUGCGUGUAGAGUUGUUGAAAAAGUUGUCAAUGGAUAAAAUGUAGAAAGUGUCGCAUGGAGCAUUUUAUCAGUUGACAACUUUUCGAUAUCUCCACCGACAGCCGCGCGGCUUUUCGCAACAUACGCAGCGAAAUGGUAUGCAUUUUUGCGCGUCAGUGUGGCUCUGCGUACAGUGCAUUUUUAUGUUACGCGCAAAGUUCAUUUUUUUAGUUGUUGAUGAAUUUUCUCCAAAUAUUCAUCUCUUUAAAAGCGUUUUUUUCUCUGCUUUCUACCUCAAUUAGACCUUUUUGCAGAUUCCAGAUGAAGUAAUACGCGAAGAGAAGUCGAUGCGAUGAAAAAGAAACGCGUAAGUAAAUGGAAGUAAUGUUUUUAUUCAGAAAAUAUACGAUUUCUCGAAAAAAACGUCUCUAGAUCUUCUAAUCUUUUUGAUUUAAAAAGUUCACUCACAUGACUGUGAAUGUCUUCGAAUAAAAAAGUAGAGUGACAGCUCGCUUUCGCGUAAAAGUGGUUUUUGCUGAAAAAAAUUUUUUUCUCAAAAACCGUCUCUAGAUUUUUCUAAUUUUUUUGUUUAAAUAGUUCACUUACAUGACUGUGAAUGUUUUUCGAACCAAAAAGUAGAGUGACAGUUCGUAAAAAGCAUUUUUCAACGAAACUUCACUGUCUUCCGGCAAACUAUCGGUUUUUUCCGCGAAAGCGAAACCGUCACUCUACUUCUUUUUUUAGUUCGAAAACAUUCUUUGAAAUGUAAGUAAAGUUUUUUAACCAAAAAAUUAGAAAAUCUAGUCACGUUUUUCGAGAAAUCGUGCAUUUUCUGAAUAAAACCUUACUUUCACUUACUUACGCGUUUCUUUUCAUCGUAUCGACUUCUCUUUGCGUAUUACUUCACCUGGAAUCUGUAAAAAGGUCUAAUUGAGGUAGAAAGCAGAGAAAAACGCUUAAAAUAGAUGAAUAUUCGGAGAAAAUUCAUCAACAACUAAAAAAAAAGAACUUUGCGCGUAACAUAAAAUGCACUGUACGCAGAGCAACACCGGCGUGCUAAAAUGCACAGACUGAGGAUCAAACGUUUGGUGAACGUCGCAAAAGCCGCGCCGUGUAUAGCCGAGAUAAAGUGUCUCGAAUAACGCAAAUUUUUGACACAAUAGCCUUUCAGGGAGGCGGCGGUCGAGCAAUUCCAGCAACAAAUCGGCGAGACCCCUCAAGAUUUGCCCGCCCAGGACAAGCACUUUGACCCAUCGAAGAGCGCGACGCUCAAGUACUUGAAGGAAGGCGAACGAGAGAAUUUUGGCGAGAACUUUUUCGAGAAGGUAGCCCAAGCCGAGGCGCCGCGAGUUCCCCAUCAAUCGGAACCGGCGUGGGCUCGGACUGCGCGGGAAAAGAGCGAGAGGGCUCGGAGCAAGACGCCCGCCGAUCCGACCCAAGCGUAUCGGUCCGGGUCCUCGCCGGCACCCUCCACCAACUAUCCGGUUCAUUAUGAGAGUGCGCGGGAGCACGCGGAGAAGAGCAAAGUGUUCACGCACAACGUCAACGAUUUCGGACGGUCCUACUGGGAUGCGGCGCCGCCAGAGAUACACGCGGAGCCAGUCGGCCCGGACGCGAACUCGUCAAUCGCGGCUAUGAACUCGGCGGACUCGAUUUCACCGGCGGUAUCCACGUGGAUCAUGGCACCGACUAUCAGUACUACGAGGAACCGGCGCGCAAGCCACAGCAGCCGAAGCUCCCGCCGGGUAGGCUCAGGCACCGAUUUCUAUCGGGGACACGUGUCCGGCAAUUCAAACUAUCGGGGACACGGUCCCGAUCCGCCACGACUCCGGCCAAAGUACACGGCGGAUCCGCACGACCCGAUGCAACGUGGCAGUCGCGCCCAAUCUGGAAGUGGUACGCUUUUAUUCAUUCGUGCUUUUUGGUAUUAUUCUCGUUGAAAUUGCAGGUGGAUGCGAACCUUCUCAUCGGCGACACACUGUCAACAGAAGAUCCGUCACGAAGUGCGUCACAUCGAUCAAUCAAGUUCGGCACCUCGUUCGGUCCCCCACAGGGCUUCCUGCACGACCAUCACACCGUCCAAAAGUACGCCGACACGCCGAAACCGCUCGUCUACUCGCUUUCGGCGAACAAAUCAGCUCGCCCGCUCCGCAUCGCUACCCCGCUCGUCCGCACCGCCCGAACACCACCACAGCGUGUGGAAUAAUAGCAGCCAACAGUUGGAGGUGGAUAAGGAGGGUAGGUGGUGAAACGGACAAUAUCGAAAACGUAGCCACGGGUGAAGGUGAACAUUCGCACGUUGCUCAACGACGACACUGCGCGCCAGGAAGCGGGAGCAGUCGCCGUGGUGGGCCGCACGUUCGGAGCAGACGCAUGAGGCGUGGAGAGGAAGAGGGAUUGAUCCACGUCUCCAGAGAUAUGAGGUCCCCCUGUGUGUGUGCAGUUGAGCAGCUAACUGUUUCACUAACUUCACCUAAUGCCAAUAAUCGUUAGUCGAGUUAGUAGGUAUUCUGACAUUUUUCCGGAAAAUAUAAAUUAAGCCAGGGCUGGGCAAUUGGCCGGCCCUUGACCUGGACUUUUGAACCACAUUCAAUAUUCCGAUCGGACCAAAACUUUUCAGGCUUCUUGGACAUGGAUUGAAGCAUACUGGGACCAAGUUUCAGCUCGAUCGGAUCGUCGGGUUCCGAGAUAUGUAGAUCAUUGGCCAAAAUUGACCCGGAAGCCCGAGCUUUUGGAUCGGCCAAUGAUCCACAUAUCUCGGGACCCAGCUGAUCGGCAAACUCCCCAACCCUCAAUCCAAGUCAAAGACUGCAAGUGCAGUGUCGGCGAUACUGAAAGUCAGGCAAAGACCGGUCAGUGCGUCGUCAUUCUUGUGCUUUUCAGUUUCACUCACCGCCCAAGCGUUGCAAUUUUCUCCAAGUUCUUUCAAUAAAAUUCGUUUUCUGAAUAUGCACACUUGCAGACGUACAUAACGGAGCCGAAUUGGCGUCGCGCGUCGAUCAACGUCGUCUGGCGUGGGAGCGUCGCGCAUUCGAAAACGAACAGCGUCUGAGCCGUCCGUACUCGGAAAAAGUGAGCGGAUAUAUGAUCUUUUUCUCUUGAAUCUUGUGGGGGAGAAAGAAAAAGAGAUGAUAAAGUGAGGAAAGCAUCAUGUUUUGUGAUGUGAUGAGCAGCAGAAACUUCUAGAGAAAGAGGAACUUGCCGAGAAAUAGUAUAGGAACACUGGGAGACGGGCCGGAGAAAAAAACGGAGAGAAAGUUUUAGGUGGCGCCGGGCGUGCCUCCUGCCUGGCAUGCAGAGGCACAACACAAGCAUCAGCAGUGGCAGCAGCAGGCGGAUAAUAUGAACACGACUAGUAGUCAGGUGAGCUCAUUAAACGCAAUUUAUCUGCGAUGUGAGUGCAGAUGUUGAAAAGUGAUCAACUGCAAAAAUGUGCACAAUUUCCUAAUGAACAAUUCCUCAAUUGACAACUUUUUGAUAUCUUUCCUGGCAACUGAGAUAUCGUUUUGCAGAGAUAAGCUUUACUAGAGAUUAUAUAUUCGAAAGUUCUAAUAUACUCUAUACGAAACAGUAAUACCAAAGCAUCCAAUAUUCAGAAUUACUCUACUCCACCACCGGAUAUGAACCAAUCGGCGGAGGAGGAGGAGGACAGCGAGUCAUACCAUGAGAACCGAGCAAUAUUCGUCGAGCGCCUAGUGAGUUUUACUGAUGACAAAUAAUUGAUUUUACGCUAUCCAACUGAUCACGUUUGCAGCCGCCAUCUCAAACUCACCAGAAUGCUCAGCGCCAGUUGAACUCUGGUAAGUUGCUUGCGCUCGCAAUGAGCAAGAGGACAGCUGUUCUCGAGCCGCCCACGCAAUCAUUGGGAGCUCGAAAAACGAGGGAAAAGGCUUGUUUCAGGCUACAACACGAACCAGGUGGAGUACGUGCUGUCGCACAAGGACAAGUACGCCGACGGGCCGCACUAUCAGCCGCCCAUCGUCAACUCGUCGUCUUCGUACACGACCGGCCAAAAUCAAAACUACUCGUCGUCGAGCGCUCAACAACAGCAGACGAAGACGAUUCCGGUGCAGAACUAUCAGGUUGGAAAUCAUGUCCGUUUCUUCGCGCCCGGCUAGAGAUAUCUCACAAAGGUGUCAAUGGAGAAAGUGUGCACAAAGGUUGUAUGAACAUUACAUCAGUUGACAACUUUUCGAUAUCUCUACCGAUCAACUGAGAUAUAACGCGUUGAAUGAAGAGGUAAGACUGCAAAAACUUUAAGCUUUGGCUUUGAAAGUAUUUAGGGUUUCAUACCAGUUUACAUCUGAUAAUCACAACUUUUCUGAAAUAUAAUUGAAAAACAAACACACAUCCAGACAUUCCCGACCUUUGAUUCUUCGUUCUUUGAGGUUAAAUCAGAAGAGUAUAUUGUGUAGACCUCACUUUUUAGAACUCUAAUCAAGCGUCAUCAUUUCGUGAUCAUCCCGGUUCACACACAGUUGUUGAUACAGUAACCUAGACUAUUGUAGUUUUAUAAGUUCUAACUGGACCGUUUUGCUUGGAGCUCACCGGUUGACCGUGUUCUCAGUUCUUUCAACCUCCCCCUAUUUCUUGUUCAGAACACUCAAAAGAUCGUUUUGUCGAGUCGAGCGAAAAGUUCCAUCGGGACCUCGCCUCCCCACUUUCUAAAAGCCAUUUCCGGUCCAGACCGCCGGCACCUUUAACAGAGAUCUCCAAAGUGUUCAACACUCAAGAGGUACUGUAGACGCGAAAUAUUGUGGAUUUCUAGAAGCAGAAAGUGCAUGAAGAGCGCACGUCUGUUGCUGACUAUGAGGCGGGAGGGAUUUGUAGGCAAAAAAUGAAUGAAAGGAGAAGGGUUUACAGGAAGAAGUGGUGAAGACGACGGAUUCCAUUCCACUUCCGUCUGCUCAGGACGUUUGCGAGGUUACCUGCCAUUGACUAGUACUAAACAGUACUAAAACACAAAUAUAAUAAUAACCACCUCAAUAAGUUGCCUACCACAAACAGCCAACCAACACACACAGCAAUCUUCAACAAUUCAGUGAUCUUUUGCAGAGCUCCAACUACAACAAGAGCUUCUUCGAGGCAAACGACGACUCAACACCAACCUCAGCCAGACCACUUCUUACAACUAUUCGACGGUGAGUUGUCAACUGAUUUUCUCAACUAGUUGAUCACUUUUGAUAUCUCUUUCAUUAACGCAAAUAUCGAUUUUCUAGAGCACUGCUGUCCAUCGCAACCCGCUAAACCGUCCUUUCAUCAGGAGAGUUACACCUCACAGAGAUUGCACCACAGCAGAGAAUCCAAUCCCAACCGGCCUUCCUACCAAUGACGAGAACUAUUUGAGCAGCUGAAAGGAGGAGGUGGAGACAGAGCUCCACAAAACCCCAAAUCUGACAUUUGCAGAGCCGUCGCGAAGAGACCUCGGCCAGUGUCGCAACUCUCGCAAUACUCGGAAUCAGCGUAAACUACAGGCGCAGCUAUGAGGAGAGAAGACGGAGACGACGACGGUGGUGCCGGCAGUCGCAGUGGCUCCGAGCACUGUGCCUGCGGAUUUGUCGAACGCGCAGUCCGUCGACGAUGUUCAACAAGAAGACCGAGAUGACGAGUCGCUGCCGAUCGGAUCCGUCUUCAACACUCCAUAACAAUACUGAGGUGGGUUUGAAGGCCUAUAUCUCAAAAACCAUCAGUUGUAUCAAGCGGUUGUCAACUGAAAAGUUGUAACAAAUUUCAAGCUCUACAACUUUUGGUUGACAAUUACAACAGCGAAUUGCAGGGCGGAUACCGUGACGUGAACGGUCAUGACGUGUCGUACAAGCGUGAAACGCAGACUGGCGAUCCGGGCCGCGAGCUGCUCUUCUCAAAGGAGGAGGAGAAGCGAGUUGUGGAGACUCCGCUGGAGCCAGGAGUCAUCUCGCGCACACGUCACCACCAAGUACUACAAGAAGAAGACCGUCACUGA